CGACAGUUCGGAACGACAGUGCCGGCAUUAGCCCAUGCGGGCCCUGUGUGGCGUUGUACAUUACGGCGCAGGAACGGUUGCCGUCAUCACUGCUGCGAGCAGUCAAGGAGCGAGCCCAGACGUUACUUGAGCUCCUGCUUCCCGCCUGCCUGACCUCCCUGUCAUGCGGGCCCGUUCGAGCCGACCUGGAACACCUAGCUAACCGGACCGCCGGCGGCGGCGGCGGUGGAUCCGUCGCCAACGGAGGCUGCCGGCGCAACCAAGCCAGCCAACCCCUCAAGGCCUCAGCCUCAGCUUCAUCAUUGGCGCUGUCGCCGCCGGCGGACGUACCCAAUGCCGCCGGUGCUGGCGGCAGCGGCGCUGCAGCCACUGCUAGCCACAGCGCCCCACAUACAACCACCCAGAAGGGCGCCU